AAUAAAAAGACAAAUCAGCGCAACAUUCGAAAUCGCUAACGUUUUCAACAUGAUCGAUGCGGCGUGCAAUUACUUGAAUCCCUAUGCGCAUCAACAGCAUCAGGCGCAGCAGCAGCAACACGCGCAACAGCAGCAGGCGCAGCAGCAGCAACACGCGCAACAGCAGCAACAUCAUCUGCACAUGCAGCAGGCGCAACAUCAUCUGCACUUGUCGCAUCAGCAGGCGCAACAGCAGCACAUGCAACACUUGACCCAGCAGCAACAGCAACUGCAGCAGCAACAGCAACAACAACAGCAGCAGCAGCAGCAACAGCAGCAACAGCAACAACAGCCGCAACAGCAGCAACAUGACUUCCUCAGCGCCGCCGCCCUGCUGUCCGCCCCCCCAUCCCUCUCCGGCUCGAGUUCCGGCUCCAGUUCGGGCAGCUCUCCGCUGUACGGAAAGCCACCAAUGAAACUGGAACUGCCGUAUCCACAGGCCUCCUCCACGGGCACCGCAUCGCCCAACUCCAGCAUCCAAUCGGCGCCAUCAUCGGCCUCCGUGUCGCCCAGCAUCUUCCCAUCGCCCGCCCAGUCAUUCGCCUCCAUUUCGGCCAGUCCAUCCACGCCCACCACCACCCUGGCGCCACCCACAGCGGCGGGAGCGGGUGCCCUAGCGGGAUCACCCACAUCCUCGUCCCCAUCCUCGUCGGCGGCAUCAGCGGCAGCGGCGGCCGCAGCAGCGGCUGCUGCAGCAGCGGACCUCGGAGCAGCGGCGGUCGCCAGUGCCGCCUACGGCUGGAAUACCGCCUACUCCGGAUUGGGGCCACCAAGAAGCCAGUUCCCAUAUGCGCAGUACGCCUCCGAUUACUACGGCAAUGCGGUGGGCAUGUCCUCGUCGGCGGCAUGGUUCUCGCACCAGGAGCGCCUGUAUCAGCCAUGGAGUUCACAGAGCUAUCCGGGCUUCAAUUUCGAUGACAUCGCCUUCCAAACGCAAUUGCAACGCCGCUCCGUGCGCUGCACGUGCCCCAAUUGCACCAACGAGAUGAGCGGCCUGCCACCGAUUGUGGGUCCCGAUGAGCGCGGACGCAAGCAGCACAUUUGCCACAUACCCGGCUGCGAGCGGCUGUACGGCAAGGCGUCGCAUCUGAAGACCCAUCUGCGUUGGCACACCGGCGAACGGCCAUUCCUGUGCCUCACGUGCGGCAAGCGCUUCUCGCGAUCGGACGAACUGCAGCGGCACGGACGCACGCACACCAAUUACCGCCCGUAUGCCUGCCCCAUUUGCUCGAAGAAAUUCUCGCGCAGCGAUCACCUCAGCAAGCACAAGAAGACCCAUUUCAAGGACAAGAAGAGCAAGAAGGCACUGGCCGCCGAGGCCAAGGAGCAGGCGGCGGCGGCGGCGUCGUCGUCGAUAAAGCUGGAGAAGAAGGAGAAGAAGUCGGGCAAACCUUUGACGCCGCCCGUGGAAUUCAAGCAGGAGCAGCCGGAUACGACACCGCUGGUCAACUAUGCGCCCUAUGCCAAUCUCUACCAGCAUGCCACAUCGGCGGCAUCAGCGAGUGUGAAUGCACCGCCACCACCGCCGCCACUCUUCCAGCAGCAGAUGGCGGCGGAGCAGCCGUGGAGCAGCAGUAGCAGCGGCAGCAGCAUCAGCAUCAGCCGUGCCAUACAACCAGCCACUACCUCAGCCAGUUCAUCCUCCACAUCCUCCAGUGCCAGUUCGCCAGCAGCGGCAGCGGUCGUUUCCGCCACCGGCACGGCAUCCUCACCAGCCGCAUCCGCAUCCGCGUCCGCAUCCGCGACGGCGCUGGCCCAGCAUCAUUAUGCCGCACUGGCCAUGCAAAGUGAGUCGCAGCUGGCGGCGGAGUAUGGGCUAACCAUGAGCGGAUUGGCCAGCGGCGCUAGCCAGGACUCCAGCUCCAGUUGCCACAUGAAGUCCGAGUAUGCGGCCAGUUAUCCGGCCGAUUUUGGUGCGGGCACAGCCAGUUACGGCUAUCCGCAUCCGCACUCGCAUCCGCACUCGCAUCCGCACCAUCAUCACAAUGCGUGGGCAGCGGCCUAUCAUCCGCAUGCCACCGCCUAGGAUGCCCCCA